AUGCGUAGUGCUCCCACCAUUUCAUCACAAAACCCUUUAGAAACCCUUCGUGCCUUUUUCUCUUGUGCCAAGAUUCUCUCUUCAGCGCAGCAACUUCACGCUCAGGUCAUCAUCAACGGGCUUCACAAGAAGGUUUUCUAUGGUUCCAACAUCACCAAUGUUUAUAUCCAAUCGGGUUCUCUUCCUCUGGCCAAAAAGGCUUUUGAUCAAAUUUCCGUUAAGAACCUUCAUUCUUGGAACACCAUUAUUUCGGGUUACUCAAAACGCAGUCUCUACGGUGAUGUUUUGCAGCUUUUUCGACGAUUGCGAAGUGAAGGCAAUGCAGUGGAUGGCUUCAACUUGGUGUUUUCCGUUAAAGCGAGUCAAAGGUUGCUGCUUUUGCAUAAUGGGAGGUUGCUUCAUUGCUUGGCCAUCAAAUCUGGGUUGGAGGGAGACCUGUUCUUCGCGCCUGCGAUUUUGGAUAUGUAUGCUGAGUUGGGUUCUCUGGACGAUGCCCGCAAGCUGUUUGAACGAUAUUCUUACAGAAGCUCGGUUAUGUGGGGCUUUAUGAUAAAGGGGUAUUUGAAUUUUUCUUUAGAAUCCAAAGUUUUUGAGCUAUUCUCGUGCAUGACUAAUUAUUUUGGUUUCAAAUGGGAUGCUUUCACAAUGGAAGGUCUAGUUCGAGCCUGUGCAAACCUUUUGGCUGGGAGAGAGGGGAAAGCAUCUCAUGGGGUGUGUAUAAAGAACAAUCUUCUGGUGAAUGUCUGUUUGCUGACAUCUGUUAUAGAUAUGUAUAUGAAAUGUGGAGUUACUCAUUAUGCAUUUAGGUUGUUUGAAAAAGCGAAUGAUCUUAAGGAUGUGGUUCUAUGGAGUGCUGUGAUUAAUGGGUGUGCCAAGAAAGGGAAAUUUUGUGAAGCUUUGUCCGUGUUCAGAAGGAUGCUGGAAAACUCUAUUACCCCAAAUCCGGUGACAUUGGCUGGCGUAAUUCUAGCUUGCUCUGGGGUGGGGUCUUUGAAACAAGGAAAAAGUGUGCACGGCUUUGUGGUUAGAAACAUGGUUCAAUUGGAUGUGGUAAAUUAUACUUCUCUUGUGGACAUGUAUUCUAAAUGCGGGUGUGUCAAAACUGCUUACAGAAUCUUCUGUAUGAUGCCGGCCAAAAAUGUAGUCUCUUGGACUGCAAUGAUAAAUGGAUUUGCAAUGCAUGGCUUGUAUUUUAAAGCUCUUUCCAUUUUUUAUCAAAUGACACAGAAUUCAUGUGUUAUAUCAGGAAAACACGUGCCCAACUCGAUUACAUUUACUUCAGUUCUAUCUGCUUGUAGUCACUCUGGAAUGGUUCAGGAGGGGUUGAGGAUCUUUAAUUCUAUGAAAGAUUAUGGCAUUUCUCCAACUGAGGAACACUGUGCCUACAUGAUAGGUGUUUUAGCUAGAGUUGGUCAAUUUGAUGCAGCAUUAUCCUUUCUCUCAAACAUGCCUAUAAAACCUGGUCCUAAUGUUUUGGGAGUUCUAUUAAGUGCAUGUAGAUUCCAUAAACGAGUUGAACUUGCUGAAGAAAUAGCGAAAACACUUUCAUCUUUAGAGCAUAAUGAUUUAUCCUGGCAUGCUUCAUUGUCGAACAUAUAUUCUGAUGGUAGGAUGUGGGGAGUAGUAGAGAUGGCAAUGGCUGAAGAAGGGUUGAAUAAGAGUCUUGGCUUUUCCUCAAUUGAAGUCAGGAAUAAGUUGUGUCUAUUUAGUUCAAAUGAUACACUUGCGUUCACAAGCACAAAUAUCAGUCAUACUUGGAAUUCUCUCAGUAGGGAAAUGAGAGAAAUUGCUUUGUUAUAA